ACGUCGGCGCGGGGCGUUGCGUGCGCACGUAACAGCCGCCAAAAUUAAAAACAAAAAGUCGCUGAAGCGGAUAUAUUUGUGUAACUUGCCGAAUUAUAAAGGGAGGAAAGCUGCAAACACAUGGAGGGAGCGUCGACGAGAGGUGUUUUGAGCCACCUGAGUCUGCUGGAGGAGCGGGCCAGGGGCCGGAGGGGUCAGGUCCCUGGGCAGCAGAGCCGUGUGAAGGAGCUGAGGGCUCAAGUUGAAGCGCUGAGGGCGCAGAGGGACCAGCUGAAGGCAGAGAUCCGGACACACAAGAAUCUCCAGAAACUCAGGGCACCUGAAGACUUGCAGCGGCAAGAGGAGGAAAUGGACGCGGAGUCGGAAAGCUCGGAGUUGUGGCGCCUGAUGGCCAGACACUCUGAGCUGACGGACCUCCUUCAGGCUCAUCGCCUCAUCGGUGGUUAUGACGUCAUCAAAACCCGGCAAGGUAAAGGCCUGUGCUUCUCUUUGCCGACCGCGUAUGAGGGCGUAUAUUUGGAGACCUACAACCUGGAGGUCGACCUGAAGCCAAAAGUGAGGAUCCGAGGCCACAACAUCCCCCCCUUCAUCCCUCUGAGCAACCUUGCCGAGCAGAGCGACUUGCAGACAGGCAUGAGGGCCUUCCUGGACGCCGUCAGCCUGCAUCUUAAUGCGUUCGCAGGUCGCAAGCAGCAGCUGACGCUUCUUAAGGAGCAGCAUAAGUCCGUGGAAGUGAUGGAGAGCAACCUGUUGUGUUCCAUACUGGUGCUGAUGUUCACCGUGCCCGAAGGGAAGACGCCCUUACUCUGCACGUUGGCGUACACCGACCACACCAGGUGUCUCCCCACGCAGGUCCAUUUGGACUGUAAAGACAAACGGCUCCCCGACUCUCCGCAGUGGAAGAAGAGCUGCAGCUUACUGAUGGAGGUUCCUGUGCACAGAGCUUUAACUGCCAUGAAGAAAACAAGGACUAUUGUUUAAUUUAUUCUCCAGUUUAUAAAAUGAAACCAUUUGAUGUACAUAAUAAAUGAUUUUUUGCUUUAACAGUGUAAAUUUCCUCCCACUUUUCCCGCAUUGGCUCCGUUUCUGAGGUUCUGUAGAAACUCCUCCACCCGGUUAUGUAAAGUUUCCCUCUGAAGUCUCAGCGUCUCUUUUGCAGGUGAAGCUGCACUCUUUGGCCAAUGUUUUUAGUUGACACUGGAGAUCUAGUUCCUCCUUUUGGUUCAGGACUCACAGCUCUCCCUUCAGCACCGGUCCACACUUGUAUUGUUCCAUCGUCAUUUUUUUUUUCUCACUUUGCUUUCCUCGUUGCUUAAGAGUAAACGUUUUCUUGCCCGGUACUGUGCAGCUUGCAGGACGAGGCAAAACGAGCGUGUUUGCUGCUAUGUUUGCACAUAUUUGCAGAACAAUAACCUGUUGUAAGUGAGCAUGGGCUGUAAUCGCUAGUUAAUGCUUUCAUGAAGAUUGAGUUACAGAAGCGUGGUGAGGCUUGUUGAGUAUUGUACAAGUAAAUACCUGCUAAUCUCAUGUUCAGUCUGCUUUGGUGAUGCUGUCCUUUGCCCCCACCACCACACCACCACCACCUCAUCAGUCAUUUGUUUUGCAUAUAUUUUCCAGGUAUUUACCACAAAACACCUGAGUCAUGCAUAUUUCCAUGCUAAAUGUAAAAUCUAUAACCAUGCAGUCCUCUUGCGUCAUACAGUGGAGAGGAAAUUAACUUAUCCGGUAAACAAAUACCAGCUUCAUAAGUACUAAUACUUUUUUUAACCUUUGUAAUUAUUUUUGUUCUGUUGCUCUCAUUGCAGUUUAUUUAGUUCACUUUACUGAAUUCUGAAGCAGUUUGACUAACACUUGUUUUUUUGUUUUUUUUAUCUGCUGUAUAAAAAGGUUUACAUUAAUGCAGCGGAGAUUAAACAUUUAUUCAUUGUAUGUUC